GUCCUCCUCAUCCUCCUAACGUAGCACACAUUCUCAUUCCCUAAGCUUUUCAUCUACAUCAGCCCAUUUGACAUAUAUUGAUACCCAGUUAUCGUUCUGUGAAGGAAGAAGACCAUUUACGCCUGUUUUCAGGGUUGUCUGCCGUUUCUGUUUGGCGCAACAUGUCCGCGCAAGAGUACUACAAUUCAGGCUAUAUCGGCGGACGAAAGCCAGAUACCCCAUUGAGCGACAAUGGCAGCAAUCGACCAUGGACCCCGCCAUCCUCAACUGUCACUCCGGGACCUGAGAUGUCCUACUCAACAGGAGUAGACAAUCGUUCUUACAACUAUGGUGCCCCGCCCCCGCCGACAACCAGCUAUGGGCGACCUCAGAAUGUAUACCCGUCUCAGCCUUCAGAAGGCAUGGCCCCAGGAUUUUCUCCGCAAACAAAGCCACAGCAGUACGACAAUGAGUAUAGCAACUCUGGGCCUCCACCUUACACCCAGCACUACUAUGGCUCGCCACAGCCGUAUCCCCCAUACCCUACACAUGACGCCUAUCCUGAGCAUCCACCCACUCAGCCGCCGUAUCCACAGGAUCAGAAGGAUGAAAGAGGCUUCAUGGGAGCGGUUGCUGGAGGCGCUGCAGGUGCCUACGCCGGUCAUCAAGUCCAUCACGGCGUUUUGGGGACUAUCGGAGGAGCGAUAACUGGAUCUCUCGCCGAGGAUGCAAUCAAGAAGCACAAGAAGAAGAAGGAGAAGGAAGAGGGCAAAUGGAGCCAUGGUCGCCGGUCUUCGUCCUCCUCUUCGUCCUCGGACAGUGAUGACGGUCGGGCUCGUCGUCAACAACAUCCUCCUGCAGAGCCCUCUUUCCGAGGCAACUUUUCCGCCUCGUCCAUGGAUAUCAGCCUUGAGCACGACUAUGAGCUGACCGCUAGAUGCCGUUCCAUCUCAGGAGAACUGCAUCGGUCGAGUAUCUCUCUGAACUCGGUUCUCUCGAACCACUUCGGUUCUUUUGUAUGGGCGCGUGGCGGUAAUUUUGGAGCUUCGGCGAGAAAUGUGCAUCUUGCUGAAGGUGGAAGGGUACUUGAUGCUGAGCUGGCCGAUGGAAACGGCCAUUGGAAGAGGGCGUGGGUAAGAUUGGAUGAGCGGAUCACGAACCGGAACGGACAUCUUGUCUUCCUGGAUUGAUGAGCAUGAGGCUGGUACACUACUUGUUGCAAUUUAAUGUUAGCUCAUGACACCUAAUGAAAUUCAAACCUUGCGGGUCACUCUAAUAGCAGCUUUUAGGAUUGGAAGAGACUUGAUUCCAAUUCAAGUCAAGAUCAUCUAUGAAAGAAGUGAAGACUGAG